UAUAAAUAUACAAUUUUUCGACAUAAAUUAACUUAAAAUGUCCAUGAAUAAUUCUAAUUCUAACAGCCAGUCGUUCGCACGAUCACCACAACAACGUAAAGAGAUUUUGAGGAAGAUUAUAACUAGAGCUCAAUCUCUACAGGAGGCAGUUAAUGAUGAUACUAUAAACAAUCUAGAACUAUGUAUGAAAGAAACAGAUAAUAUAAACUCUGAAACAAGCUUAGAAGAAAAGAUGCAUAAUCAAGAUGAGGUACUAAUGGACUCAGAAAUGAUGAACAUAUCUUCUAAUGUUUUAAAACAAUGUACAAGAUCAUUGACAAAACGUGUAUGCUCAUAUAAUCAUAUAGAAUUUGCCCAAAAAUUGGUGCAAUAUAUAAACCAACUUCCUGAUGUUGAAUCAGAAAUACCAGAUUGGUCGCUUCUAAAGUUACAAGUUGUAAAAUCCUUUAAAAGAACAUCCCAUUAUACCACAUUAUUAGGUACUUUGGUGCCAUUAGAAAAGAAGGAGAUUAACAGAAGAAAACCAACAGUUAGAGAAACUCAAGCACAAAUAAAAAAGCCAGAUAAUGUGGUAACAGUUGAAAAAGAAGAAGAAAGUGCAGAGCAAACUGUAAAAAUUAACAAAAUUAUCUCCAAGUAUUAUAAAACCUAUCACAAACCGCUCGACUUUUUUAAAUUAGUUCUAAACCCAGAUGAUUUUGGGAAAACUAUUCAAAAUAUUUUACAAAUAUCUUUUCUUAUUCGAGAUGGACGGGUAAUAGUAACAAAAGAUGAAUCUGGAGUACUUGUUGUUCAACCGUGUUCUAAAGACAAAACAACUCAGGCAAAGGCAGGAAAAAGGCCGAAUAUUCAAAACGUGAUGUAUCUAAACAUGGAACAAUGGAAGAUCUUAAGGAACACUUAUCGGUUAAAAAAACCAAUGAUUGAUUGUGAUACUGAAACAUUGUGACAUAACUUUUAAAUAAUGUUUUUUAUAAAAUUAUUUUAAUAAUUAAACUAAAAAACUAUUUU